AUAGAUAUCAGGUAUUUUACGAUAAUAGAUUUUUCGCUUUUCUCUUAUGGCUUACGUCUACUGCGCAAACGUUAACGUUUCGCUUAAAACUUAUGCAUAAUUUUUUUCUACUGGCUAUAGCUAAAACUAAUAUUUAGCCGAGCUGGAAAUUUACAAUUUUAAAGCAAUUACGUGCUAUUAUACAACUACUGAAUUGUUCACUUUUAACAAAGAGAACGGAUAAUAUUGUCAUUAUUUUCGCUUCUAAUAUACCCGCGCAUUUCCAAGAAUUAAUGCGAUGAGGUGUAAUUACAAUUGAUCGUUGUUGUUGCUGUGCUUUACCGUCUCCGCUACGAUUAUUCAGUAUAUACUUUCACCGUUAUCACGCAAAUCACACAACAUCUAUGUGUGGUUUUUACGCGUGUCGUGACUGCUUACUUUUACCUGUUUUCAAAGAGCGAUGAAACACGCAAGUACUAUCAAUCGCGGAGUUGAGAUCGGCCUUCGUUUCAUCGGUAUGUGGCCAGAUUCGGCUUAUCCGACUCUCUACUGGUCCACGUACAUGACAGUGAUAGCAGUGUUGCAGUAUUUUCAGUAUUCAUACGUGGUUGCACAUUUUGACAUAAGUAAUCUUCAAAUCCUCACGGAUUGUCUGGGUCUUGCCUUAGCGAACACGCUCGCUUUUCUUAAGCUGCUCGUUUUAAUGUGGAAUCGCAAGUAAGAUUUCCCGUUUUAAUGUCUGCCUAAAAAAGAGUGACAUUGAA